AUGGGACUCGAUGGAGCAAAGGUUGGAAAUGUGGAGCAGCUGGCGGACGCAUUGAGGAUGUUGAUGGGAUUCUGGACUUUGGAGGAGCAGAAGAACAGAGUGCCCAACAUCAAGACCCGGAUCUUAUGGCCAAGGAUGGACAGAGGCUUUUUUGAGAUCUGGUUGCAGGGUCCAAGUCUUAGAACAACCCACUGAGGCCAACUUUUGAUCCACAUUUCUCCAGAUCUUAGGUCGAGAUCCUCCAGCACUUCGGUGUCCUCGUGAGAUGCUCCAUCGAAAACAAAUCGCCCGUCCAUCCAUUCCCUCAAUUUGUUUUUGUUUUUGUUGUCCACUUUUUCGUGCUCUCCCGCUUAUUUACCUCCACCACUUUUCAAUCCACUUCACAGGAAUAGAUUUUCCGAUUUUUCUUCGAAUGGAUGCGAAAUGAUUCUGGGGAAUGCACAUGUGCCUCUUCCACAUGUUGAACUAGGUUUUAAAGAAAACACGCGUUUUCGUCUCCGAUCAAGGACCAUAUUUCUUUCGAAUUUCUUGAAACUCACAACCUGAAAAGUUUAAUCAGUAGACUCGUACUCUACAGUCCUAGGCGAGUAGCCCCUCUCCUCCCGCUCUUUCGAAUUCAACAAUACGAUUCAUUCGCCUCCCGGACUGUUUCAUUCGCUCCUCCCUUCUCUUUCUCUUUUGCUGCUUCAAUUCGCAAUCGCAUUUGCCUGAUCAAACAAAGCCAGUCGACGGAAAAACGAGAGGGCACUCCGAUCGGAGAGACGCAGAUCGCCCGUGCAAACUCUCGAUUUCGAUGCAAAUUUCGCCCUCGCGCGGCUUCGCAUUGUUCACGGACGAACGAGUAUUAUGCUUCCCGCAGUCUGUGAGACCACUCACUUUAUUAUUAUUAUUAAUCUCCCGUUUCUUUCUGAUAUAUCUUAUUAGUUGGAAAGAGAGCAGUUUGUAUCCUUACCCAAUCUACUAGAUUGAAAAUACAACUUUAUGUAUUCAAAUGGCCUAGGGCUUACAUUAGCGGUUACCUGCAUGGUCCCCGGAGAACAGAAAUGUGUAAACCCUUUACGAUCGCAACAUCGCAUGAGAGAGAAAAGCUAUAAAUCCGGUGUCGUGCCUUGCUGCCAACCCGUUUGCACUCAUUCCCCUCUCUCUCUCUCUCUCUCUUUCACCUCCGAUCCAGAUUCAGCUUCACGAAAUUCAUCGUCGGCGGCGGCGACGGCGGGGGGCAAUUCCAAUUUGUCUCUCCUCAAGCCCUCUUCGUUUCAUUUUGAAUGUGUAUAAUGAGAGGCAGCUUUUCCCCGUCCCCGUUUCUCUGCGCUCUCUCACAAACACACCCAACAAUUUUUGCACGAUUUUGUGUGAGUUGCGCAACACUCUCUCCCCUCCAGACACUACUACAACGGGCGUCUCAGCUGACCGCUUCUCUGCGUCUCUUCGUCCCGCCCGCUCUCUCGUCUUUCCGCCGCCGGCUCCAGACAGACACAUGCGGACGACGGACGACGGCGGCAAGCCCCCCUCCCCUGCCCGCCGCCCCAAACUUUUAUUUAGUAUAGUCGAGCCUUGUUUUCUCUCUCUCUCUCUCACACGUUUUUUUUUUACCUUUUCAUAAGUAUCCAUCUUAUACUCUGCCUUUCAGAUGUGAUUUUUCCGUCUUGAACUUGGAGUGAUUCACUUCGGACAACACUUCAUGCAGCCGUUGGAAGUGCAUUCUGACAGCUGACUUCGGCCGAGUUCAUCAGCCAUCCGGCAACCAGAGGUGGAUCCAUUCGAACAAAGAGUAUUCAUCUGCGAGUGAAGAAGAAGAGCCGAAAAGCCGGAAGCCCAGUGAUGAGAUUUCGAGCGCAUUAAUCAACUAUUUAGUCGACAAAAAUCACAAAAACAUUCAAAAACUUUGUUUUGGCGAUUUUGAGGUGAGAAUAACAGAACUUCCAAAGAAAGUAAAUAAUCUAAGACACUUUCAGGUAAUCACCGUCGUCAUUCUCCGCGAGUGCCCCCGGUGA